GCCAAAAACAUCAAGCACCAGGACAACUUCUGCAGGAAAGGGAAGAAAGCAAGUUACUCCACGCCCGUUUACACCGCGGUACAACAGCCUCUUGGAGAUAGACCAAAGGGAAGAUAUAUCCAGGUCAGCUUUGUUUCGACAACUUUGUGCAUUGAACUGGAUUCUGGACGCCAUGAACAUAGAACCAGGCUACACAAUGCGACCUAUAUCCAGGUGCUGGAGCCAUACAGAAAUUGGAGGUUCCAAGAUUUCAGCUAAAAGAGCAAGAGAAGAGAGGAGAACAGAGUCUGACUGGGAAAGAUGGUUGAACAACCAGCUGUUUGUAAAAGUCAGUAAAAAAGGAAGCUUUACACGAUUGAACAGAAUGGCUCGAGGAUCUAGACUGCUGAGCCAGCCAAGAGUUUCUUUACAGUCAAGAAGCAUCAGUCCUAGUAGUUCUUCCUCACAGGUCAAUAUAUCUUUUAUCUUGGUUUUUUUUUUUUUAAAUCUUUGUCUUGGAAUUUUCAAGUUCCUAGAUGAGUACUAUGACAGUUUGAGAAUGGAGGAGGAGAAACAGAAGGAAGCUGAAUCUAAGCCAGCUAACUCUCAGAGUGAUGUGCCUCUACAGGAAUCUGCAGAUGACAAACA